CCGAGAUUGUGUUGUAAAGUGGCAGUCCUCGCGUUUAAAAAUCGCGCGUAUGAAGUGACGGUUGAGGUAAGUCGUCAAUAAGGGUCACGUUCGCUCAAAGUGGGUAUGUGUCUUGUCUGUGUAGUCUGUGGUUGAGGACUUCUCAAUUUAUGUUGGUAGCAGUGUUUGUUUGUAACUAGGAAUAAAAGUAACAAAAAGAAAUGUCAUAAUAUUUUUAACGACGCGUUUUAUUUUCGACAAAUUGACACUAGAUUUACCAGAAUAUUACAAGCUGCUUACUGUUUCCAUCACUUUCAUUUAGGUCACACGAAUUACAAUUAUAGUGAAGCAAGGUUUUAAUUGGCAUCGACUAUUUAAAUUUGGCGCUGAUCUAUACGUAUUUAAUCAAUGCCCAAGCAGUGAUGACCCGAGUAUAAAAAUCGUUCCGCCAGUUACCGUAGGGGCCACGGGGGGGCGCAGGCGACGCAGGGCCUAUAUUAUUGACUGUUCUAUGGCCAAAACCACCAUCUAAAUGCAUCUAAAUGUCAAAUGUCAAUAUAGAUAAUUCAUAUACCAAUGUAUUUUUUAGUAAUGUAAUCAUAACCUAGUACUUAUCCAUCUACCUGUGUUUUUUAAUCUCUAAUAAAAAACAAAAAGAAAAUUCACAAAUGUCGGAAAAACCAUCUACAUCCAGAGAACGAAUUAUUCCUAUAGAAAUGGAAGGCGAUGAAAAUCGUGUCGAAGGCAUCAAAGAAGCAGAAAUGGGUUCUGGAGAACCAUCUACAUCAAAAUCACGUAAAGAGCGAAUAGUCCCAAUUCAAAUAGAAGCUGAGGAUUCGUCUGAUGAAAAUAAAGCGAAGGAAGCAGCAACUAACUUGGAUACCAAUGAUCCAGAGGAGAAAACCAAACCGACGAAUUUAAAAAGUAAUGCUCUACCAAAGGUCAAUGUAAAGGAAAAGAUUAUACUGGUUGUGGAUAGUGCAGAAGAUGAAAAGUUCACACCCUUUUGGCAGAUUAACGGACAAGAGCGCAAACCGUUUGACAUGCUGAAAUACGCAGUAGCAGUGUUUUUAAAUCAUAAACACUCAAUGGACAAGAAACAUGAAUAUGCUGUGGCAAUCCUCACUGCAAAUAACGUUAGUUGGGUAGUGGAUUUCACCAACAAAAUAGAUGAAAUUAUAAGUAAAUUGGAAGAAAUUAAGAGCUGUCAAACUGAAGACAUUUUCCAGUUAAAUUCACUCUUUGAGUUAAUUUGUCAAAAAGUACAAGUGCCUCGUUUGUGCAAAAUGGAAGACAUAAUUUUUCCACCUCCUUACAUAGUGCGUACUGUUUUGCUUUAUGGCCGUUCAUACACAAUGCCAACGCUUCUUGAAAAUAAAGAAAUUCAAGAAUUGUUAAAAUCACCUUACUUUAUUUUGGAUGUUUUGAUGACCCAUGAAACUAUAGAUGAGGAUAACAACUGUAAUAAAAUAUUUAAUGUUUUGCAAAACUUGGAUGUAAAAGGUUACUCUUAUUUCCUAUCUGUUGGACGAGACGCUAAGACUUUACUGUAUUCAAUGGGGAAGCUAUUAGGGCAUCCACUCCAGAGACCAAGACAAGAAUUAGCUAAUUAUGCAAUCCAACCUAAGUAAAAUUUAAGUGUUUAUUUUUGUUUGGGAAGUAUUUGUUAUAUUCUUUUAUUUCAUUUUUUCAUUUUUCCAUUAUUUACACACCUGUUUUGGAUGCCAUCAUGAAGAAGGUGCAAGAUCUUUUUUCCUUGUAGGUAAAUUACAGAAUAAUUAAUUCCAAAAAUUUAGUGUAUUUAUUUCUUAUUUGUAUUGUUUACAUUACAUUUAUAUAAUGUGUA